AUCUUCUGCUCUAUUCUUCACCAACAAGAAGAAAAUUCGAUCAAAUUUAGAUUAUUCGUGAUGGCUCGAACCAAGCAAACCGCUAGGAAAUCCACCGGAGGCAAAGCCCCAAGGAAGCAGCUCGCGACGAAGGCGGCGAGGAAAUCUGCUCCGGCCACCGGUGGAGUCAAGAAGCCGCACAGAUUCCGUCCAGGAACCGUGGCUUUAAGAGAGAUCAGGAAGUACCAGAAGAGCACCGAGCUCUUGAUCCGUAAGCUUCCCUUUCAGCGUCUGGUCCGUGAGAUCGCUCAGGAUUUCAAGACGGAUCUGAGGUUCCAGAGCAGCGCCGUCGCUGCUUUACAAGAGGCGGCCGAGGCUUACCUCGUAGGUUUGUUUGAAGACACGAACCUUUGUGCGAUUCACGCUAAGAGGGUCACCAUCAUGCCUAAGGAUAUCCAGCUCGCUAGAAGGAUCAGAGGUGAAAGAGCUUGAAGACUCUUCAUGGGCAAUCUAUUUCAGGGGUUUUUUAUUUGCGUUUAGCUAAUGGGUUCCUGAAAGUGUAGAGCUUUUUUUGUUCUGGGUUUAUGCCUUUGGUAAGAUAGUCCUUAAGGUGUUCGACGAAAUGUACUUGAUUUGUUUGAGUCUCUACGCGUUAUAUCACUCAACAUUCCGUUUA